UCGUGAAAAUUGUUAUAAUGAGAAAGAGAAGGUGAUGGAGUCUACCGAAGAAAAAUCUGGAAUUCUACACCAGAUCCUACCUCCGCGUCUAGAAGAUGCGGGCCUCGAAGAUCCUGCCCUUCCACCGGAAUCUAUCCACCAAGCUUUUCUCCAAGCCGCCGCGGCCGUAAAAUCACGCGCCGCUUCGAUUUUCUCCUCCGCCGCCGAGACGGAGGACGAAGAUGACGGUUGCGUCAACGACCCGUGGCCUAGCGACAAGGAAGCCUCUGAUGUAAUCGUCGGAAUCGACACGGAGAAUGAACCGCCGGGAUCCUGCACCGUGGAGAGGGGAGUCGAGGCUGGCGCCGACGAAGUUAGGGUUGCCGGAGGCGGCGGCGGCGGAGGCGCGGACGACGUUGUGGUGGCGGGAGAAGGGAAAUUGGGAGAGGAUGUUGAAGCUUGCGUGGAUGAGUUACAAGGGUUGAAUAUCGAAGAUGUGAAGAAAGAUGGUGAAGUUAGAGAAGAAAAUAAUGAAGAAAACGAGAAACCUACCUUGGUUGAAGGGUUUGCGUGAAAAGGGGUGAAAUUUUGAUGUUCUUGUUGUUUACCCGUUUGUACUAGUUUCUGUGAUUGUAUUAGGUUUGUUAGCCUUAAUAGAAAGUUUGUUGUAUGUUCACGUUAUCAAAAUGAGUCAAUCUAUUCCUUAACUAAUAUAAUCUUAACAGCCUA